AUGCAAGUUCCCACCGACAGUGCUGGCGCAGGCUCUCCUCCAGAUGGGAAUCCGUCACCCGCCAGCUCGGCCUCAGCGACGCCCACCAACAACUCGCCCUCGUCGCCGCGAUUGAUGAACGCUCAGCUGCAGCAGAUCCAAAGCCAGUCGCGCCAGCUGCGGCCGCCCAAGUCACCUCUGUACGUCCCCGCAGCGCUGCGUCGAACCGAGCGGGCGCCCAAGCCGUCGCCUCUCACGCCGCCUCGCAGCGUCCACGGCUCUGUCGACGGGCUGGAUACCACGACGGCACCGACUGAGCCGCUGUCCCGCCGGUCGACCGUCGACAGCACUCGCAGCGGCGUCAGCAGGCUUGCCCAGGAUGAGUGGCUGCGGGAUCAGAACCUGGGCGAGGUCACCGGCUCUCCCACCAGGGAGCACUGGAAGGCCGACUCGGCGUCUCCCUCGUGCGACUCGCCGGUGUGCAAGUCGUUCUUUGGCAUCUUCGUCCGCCGCCAUCACUGCCGGCACUGCGGCCAUGUCUUUUGCUCCUCACACACGCCCUACACCAUCCCGCUCGACCAGAACGCCAGAUUCCACCCAGACGGCAUCCCCUCGCGCAGUUGUGACCUCUGCUGGGCGGCCUACCGCCGCUGGGAGCAGGCUCGUACCGACAAGCUCAACCAGAUCCAGCACAACCUGCUCGCCAACCUGGACGCUCCCGAACGCAGCCGGGGGUGGGCCAUCGAGGCAGACCGGCUCAGCGUCGGAGACGCUGGCUCUCCCUCCAUCGAGCACCAGGACGGUAUGAUUGCCAGCAGUGUUCCCAGAGACUGGAGCUGGAGCACCUUCUAG